UUGAAGAUGCGUGUAUGUUUCAUUAUCCAAUUAUAUAGAGUACAGUUUAUUUUUCAUUAACUUUAAUAAACAAGAAACAAUUUGGUUGCUUCUUCACUCUCUUGUGAUUUCCUUUGUUUUGCAGCUACCCCAAAUUUUUUAUUAUCAUUCUCCGAUCACCAUGGCCAAAAGCUCCUUCAAAUUGGAACACCCUCUUGAGAGGCGACAGGCUGAAGCUGCUCGUAUCAGGGAGAAGUACCCUGAUAGAAUCCCGGUUAUUGUGGAGAAGGCUGAAAGAAGUGAUAUCCCCGACAUUGACAAGAAAAAGUAUUUGGUUCCCGCGGAUCUGACUGUUGGACAAUUUGUGUAUGUUGUUCGUAAGAGGAUUAAGCUCAGUGCUGAGAAGGCAAUAUUUAUCUUUGUGAAGAAUAUCCUCCCCCCUACAGCUGCAAUGAUGUCUGCCAUUUAUGAGGAACACAAGGAUGAAGAUGGCUUCCUCUACAUGACCUACAGUGGUGAGAAUACUUUCGGAUCCUUCUGAAGACGUAAGAAACCGGAGUGAGUAAAUAAGUUCAAGAAAACAUGUAAAUACUUUAUUUUAGCUAGUAUUUGGAAUUAUCUUUCUACCUAGGUGCUAUCUUGGGUUGACACUGACUGGUUUGUGUAUCUACUUUAUUAAGAUGUUCUUUUCCAUUUGCUAAGUUGGUGUCUA